CAUUCGUUAAAUCACAGACUGGUGGGUGGUUUGGAUUGAAAAAUGAUCUUUUUGUGGUUGUUUGUCAGCUACUGCGGUUACAUGGAGCGCUUCAUCAACUCCCUGCUGCUCUCCGUCUUCUAAAAGGCACUUAACUGAAGCCUGACAAUGCAUUUGGCAUCCACUGUUAAAAAUAGCCCUAUAUGUGGAAAUGUGAACCAUGUGGGUUUUUAUUAAUGUCAGAACAUAAAGAGCAGGAUCUGCUGAAUGAUUAAAAAUGUGCAUUUUUCCUCCAGUUUAACCACAAACUUUUUUUUAUUUUUUCAAAGUGGAUCUCCUCCACCUUCUCUCCUAAUCUCAGUAGGGUGUGCAGUGAUGGGCCCCUGCAGGGCUGAUAUCUUAUCAUAUAAAAGGCAACAAACAAAGGCUCAAAGUGACAUGUAGGACAAAAGCAACACUAUAGAGUUCUUUCUGGGGACCAAAGAAACACAAACGUGUUACAAUUCAUACACAUUUUCCUUCCAGACUGACCCAAUUUACACUCUCUGUGUCUGACUGGCUUCCUCAUCUGGUUAUUUAAUGAGGCCACAUCAGGCUAUUUUUGUUUGAACGCUGCUUUCAGCAAAGCGCGCCCCAGACACAUGCGGGGUCACGACAAGUUGUGGGACUCCCAAGAUAAAAGUUGUGACUUAGAGAGAACAGAUUAUUAUUUUUCCCCCUUGAUCUCAAAUUUGAUCUUCCCUUUAUUUGCACCAAAACGCGCAAAUGGAGACACCUGCGUGCCGACUCCUUGCGCGCGCCGCCGCGCUCCUGCUCUGUGCUGCAAACAUCAAAGAUCUGAACGCGUGUGGAAGCGCUCGCCUUGAGAGAGAGCCGGCGACCUUUUGAAGAGAUGAAGUGAGAGAAAAGCUUGGCUGCUCGUCAGCGAUCUUCCCACUUUUCGCAUUCGCCCGUGCGCAAUGGCACCGUGCGCUCCCGUCGCUGCUGCUGGCGUUGGAUGGAGCAGAGAUGGAACAACUUUAAACUCCGGAUGGAUUCGGCUUUUUCUCGAUGGCAUCUGAUAAAUCUUCUUCUGGAAAUCGGUAGCAGGUUUGCCAAACAUCUCACUUCCCAUGCCACCGGGACAUCUCCAUGGCGAUGUUUAGCAGCACAGAGCAGCUUUGGAAUGAGUCAGAGCACCUGGGAUGGGAUGAGAGGAAUGACAGCUCCAACAAAACAGGGAAAGAUGACGGAGAGCGCAACUACUACGCCAUGCUGUAUUCGCUGCUCAUCCUGGCUAUUGUUUUUGGGAAUGUCUUGGUUUGUCUGGCUGUUCUGAGGGAGCGUUCACUCCAGACUACCACUAACUACCUGGUGGUGAGCUUAGCAGUGGCCGAUCUGCUGGUGGCCUCCCUCGUCAUGCCCUGGGCUGUGUACCUGGAGGUGGUCGGCGGUGCCUGGCUUUUCAGCCGUCUCUACUGUAACAUCUUUGUCACGCUGGAUGUGAUGAUGUGCACCGCCAGUAUUCUCAACCUGUGCGCUAUCAGCAUUGACAGGUACACAGCUGUGGUAAUGCCCGUCUUGUACAACACCACCCACUGCUCCAGAAAGAGAGUCUUCGCCAUGAUCGCCACAGUGUGGGUCUUGGCCUUCGCCGUCUCCUGUCCUCUGCUGUUUGGCUUCAACACCACAGAUGACCCCAUGGUGUGUUCCAUCUCCAAUCCGGACUUUGUCAUCUACUCCUCUGUAGUGUCCUUUUACUUGCCAUUUAUUGUCACGCUGCUGGUCUACAUCCGCAUCUACGUCUUCCUGAGGAUGAGGCGGAAGAGGAUCGCCUUCGGACAGGCGAGCGGGAAAGUGCAGCCAGGCUCCACCCAUCCUUCAGUGGAAACCUGUUUACAAGAGGAGACACCCAAGGCAAAGCAGGACUUAUCUCCUAUCAGGAUUAAAGUGCAGAGUGUAGACUCGUCAGGACCUUCAAAGCCGAGUCUGCUCUCAGGCUGCCUGUGGCGCAAACGGCCCAAAACUGGACCAGCGGAGAACUCAGUGCUGCCCCCUGUGGACAUGCAGAACUACUGCAGCAUCAGCCACGCCUCCUGUGGCCGGACUGAGUUUGACCUGGAGCAGGGGCAGGAAGAGCAGGACGCAUCGGGCAGCAACCAACUCGAACUCCCCCCAAUCAGGCUGAACUGUGAAGUGAAGGAACUGUCAAACGGACGGACGCACACGUCGCUGCGGCCGAUAUCGCACUCUCACAACAAUCCGCGAUUCAGGAGCAUGCACGCCAGGGAGAAAAAAGCUACUCAGAUGUUGGCGAUUGUGCUCGGGGUGUUUCUCAUCUGCUGGCUACCUUUUUUUGUGACUCACAUUCUGAACACUCACUGCAGGACGUGCCGCAUACCUCCCGCGCUCUACGGGGCGUUCACCUGGCUGGGCUAUGUAAACAGCGCCCUCAACCCCGUCAUCUACACCACCUUCAACAUCGAGUUCAGGCGGGCCUUCAUCAAGAUUCUCAGCUGCUGAGGAGGAAGGGAAAAAAAUUUGGCAGCAGAUUAAAAUGGAAAUAAGGCUUCACGCUCCUGCAAUAACUCAGGCGUGGUGCCCUUUGUAAACAGUGACCCUGGAUGUAGGCUGGGGGGACGGCGGGAUAAUGUCGGCGGAACAAAGUUGAGGUUCACAACAAACUGUUUAUUUCUUACUUUAGCAAAGAAACUUUUUACAUCACAGCAUCAGGGCUGCUUUUCCAUUAAAACAGUAUUCCUCCUCUAACCGGACUCACAUUUUCACAUUCAUACAGUCUUAAUGACAGCAGAGGACUUGGGCUUUCUUUUGAUUAUGUCUUGUAUAGUAUGUGUUCAGGUCAAUAUGAGUUUAAAAAGCUUCUUUGGAGGCCAAAUGGAGUUUUAAGGCUGAUAAAUGGAUGUGCAGGCCAAUUCAUCGGAGGGCCCUGCACCUCCACAAAGUGUGGAUUAACUCCCUUCCAGAAUAACAUGACCUUCAGUUACACACCAGCACAUGCACAGUUCAGAACCUGCUUUAGACUCGCUGAAAGGACCGCACUGUCCACCAUCAAAGACUUGCAUCAUUUUCGAGAACACUUAUCGAUCUGGAAAGCUUUGUUGCUCAGUGUGGAUUCAUUGCAAUCAAAAAAAAAAUGUGUGGUGUUUGAUGUGAAAACACUUUUCACUUUUUUUUUUUUCCAAGCGGACCAUCUCCCUGCAGUUUGGAGCUGCCUGUUUUCGAAGGAGAAAAGCGCUUUGUAAUCUUUACAAAUCAAACAGGGUUGUAAAUUGUGUGGCGGGCCGCUCUGUCGUGAGCCGAAUAUUCACAGCACUGUGUUCGAAUAAAGACAAGAAAAAAAAAAGGA